AUGAGUGACGCGGAACCGGCCAACAAGCCUGUUGCAGACACUGCGCAAGCGAAUAUAGUCGUGGGAGACACGGAAAAAGCGGUGGCCGAGCAACCGAUUCGCGCGACGGACGGCGAGGAGCGCAAGAAUGAGCCUAAGGAAGGGCGCGACAAUGAGACGUCGACAGCAGACGCUGCGACAAAGGAAGAAGCCGAAGAGACCAAAGAGACCACUCCCCAGGGUGCUGAAAAGGGUACAGUUGCAGACGCUGACUCCGAGGAAGAACGCCCUCCAUUGCCCGAAAGAAAGUCGACAACUGAGGUACCCCUAGUUCCCGAACACGACGAGAACCCGGUGCUGUCGCAACUGAAGGACGCGUUCCCAAGCACGGACGUGAAAUACGUCAAGGCCGUUUUGAUAGCGUCGGAGGGCCGUUUGGACCCUGCGUUCUCUGCGCUUUUGUUUUUGUCAGAUCCGUCAGUCGAGGCCGAGAUUCCCAUCCCGGCUGCCGCGGCCGCGCCUGGUGCCACGGAAAGUCGGGGUUCGAGCCGAAGACUGACGCAAUUGGAACAAGACGAACAACUUGCGCGCAGUUUGGACGAGCAAUUCAACAAGGACCGGCGUCGCGGCGGCACUGGCCGCACGGGCGAGGCCGAACGCCAGGCACGUGAGCGUCGCAUUCGCAGAAGAGAACAGGCAUACGAGGCGCGGAGGGCUACGCAGGAGGAUCUGGACGGAGCCAGACUCGAUGGAGACGACGAUUUUUUGAGCCAGUUUGUCGACAAGGAUCUGCCCGAGCUCAAGGAGCGGGUCGGACGACAAGUACAAGAAACGAGUAAGCGUGUCAACGAGUGGUUCACGGGUAUCCGGCGCACGUGGACGCAGGAAGGGGACGUCGCGGCGCAGGAGCCCGGGGCCGCGCAGUACGCGUACGGUGAUGACGAGCGCGAUUACGUGAGCACUGCGCCGCGCCGUACCGCGCGGUUCAACUCUUUUGGCGCGCAGGUGGGCCACGAUGACGCAGACACCAAGGGCAUUGCGCUGCGUAACGACGACGAACUGUCCAACGACGACGGCGACGACAUCCCGCCGCAGCUUCCCACGCGCCACAAGGCGGCGGACCAAGCCAAGCAAGUGGUCGCAGAGACCACCUAUAUCGACACUCCAGAGGCUGCGACCCGUAAAAGGUGGCAGCCGCUACCCCCGGAGCCCAUGAACGCGACCGCGACCCCGACAAAAGUGAACGCGACGGCCAAACCGCGCAAUCCUGACGACGACGAGUUUCUGAUCAACAGUGACGACGAGAUGUGA